CUCUGGCCAAGACUAAAAUCGAAUUGCCAUCUUCUGGCAAAGUUCAGUUGAGUUCCGUGCUUAUACGAGUGCUGUCGCAUCUUGGCCAGGGUCAUUUGCCGUUUCCGAGUGCUUUUCAGGCUGCCAAAUGCAAUUUUCGAUUUCGAUUGUGCUCGCAGUUUGCGCACUGGGCGCGAUCCGCGCCGAGGGGCGGGUGCGCGGCAAGCAAUAUGACGAGGAAAAGGAUACCAUUGUGGAGCUGCCCAAAUUGGGCGCCAUACAGGGUAAAAUAGUGGAGACCGCGUGGACCAAGCGCGAAGUGUUGCAGUUUGUCGAUGUUCGAUACGCCGAGCCGCCAACUGGACAACAUCGUUUCAAGCCACCGCGUCCCAUUGAGCCCUGGGAAGAUGUGAUGGAUGCGACGGCGGAGAAGAUCGGCUGUCCGUCUGUCGUUUCGAUGGACGCACUGCAAAAGCUGGACGACGUGCUGGACGUCGAGGACUGCCUGACGAUGAGCAUAACCACCCCGAAUGUGACCGGGAGACUGCCCGUACUGGUCUACAUACACGGGGAGUACCUCUAUGAGGGCAGCAACUCGGAAGCGCCGCCCGACUAUCUGCUGGAAAAGGACCUGGUGCUGGUGACGCCGCAGUAUCGCCUGGGACCAUUUGGUUUUCUGUCGACCAAAACCGAUGAGAUACCCGGCAAUGCCGGCUUCCUCGAUAUCUUCUUGGCCCUGCAAUUCGUCAAGCACUUCAUUAGGUAUUUUGGGGGCGAUGCGAGCCGCAUUACGGUGGCCGGGCAGGUGGGUGGCGCGGCCAUAGCGCAUCUGCUCACACUCUCCCCGAUGGUGCAGCGUGGCCUGUUCAGUCAAGUGAUUUAUCACUCCGGCUCAGCCAUUAUGCCCAUCUUCUUGGAGGACAAUCCGCGCAAGCAUGCGCAGGAAAUUGCCGAAAAAGCCGACUGCCAGAUGGUUACCGUGCGAGAUCUCAAUAAAUGCCUGAUGGAGCUUAGUGCUUUGGAGCUGCUGAAUGCAUUCAUGGACCAUGCGCUUGAGAAAUCAGAUCUGGGCAUUGGUCACACCGGAGGCAUACAGUUCACAAUCGGCGGGCCCAGCGGCGUGCUGCCCAAGCAUCCCUAUGAUCUCAUGCUGGACUCGAACUUUUCCUAUCCUGCAAUGGGCGGCUGUCCCAAGAACGCAGGCACACGCGUGCUGAAUGAGAUUGUGGAGAACGACUUUGAGGGGAAGAUACCAGAUGAUGAAUACAAUACCUACAACUAUAUCGAUCACGUUAUACGCCAGGUGGUGGGUACCGACAAGACCAUGCUGCUGACCAGCUUUGUCACCCAUGACUUCUUCAAUCGCCACCUGCUGGAGAACGGGACUUUCGACACCCUAAUACCACGGCUAAUUGAUGUGGCGGGCACUUUAAACCACAAGCUGCCGGUGCUGCUGGCUCUUAACAUGAACAACAAACACAAUCCGGACAACACGUUCCUUUACUCCUUUGAAUACGCGGGCGAGUUCAAUCGAUACCGCGACAUGGACGAGGAGACGAACAUGCAGAGUCCCUUCAAGGCGGGCGUCUCACUCACCGAUGAGGCGCUUUACCUAUUCCCCUAUCCCGACCAUGUCAAGCGCCUGAGUCCUCCCGAUAUGUCAAUGGCACAUCGCAUGGUUGACCUAUGGACAAACUUUGUAAUUACCGGCAAUCCGCUGGGCUCAUAUCGAUCCGGCUACUGGCCUCCCAUGACAACGCUCUACGGUCCCUACAUGAAGAUCGACGAGACGCUUACCAUUGGCGGCAAUUACUUCAAUGAAUUUUCAGCUACGCUAAGGGACGAGGAAGAGGGCCACAGUCUCAUACGUGAGAUCUAUUAUUUGCGUAACCGCGCACGCCGCAAAGAUUUGGGCCUGGCACAGCGCAGGAGGCAAGCAGCAGCAACAGCUGCCACAAGCAAGCUCAAGAAAGUGGAGGUGCGGAAGAGUCUCGUAAGGCGUCCAAAUCGAAACAAGAUACGCUUUUAG